CACGUGACAUAUGUACAGUGAGGACUGGUGUACGUAAACUUGUGUGUGUAAUUUAUGUUUGUUCUUAGUAAUAAGUCGUAGAGAGAAGCACACAAAUGAGAAAAAAAAGCUGGUUGGAGCCCUUGUUAGACCGUAUUGCACAAAAUUCUACAACAGUGGUGUGUCCAGUAAUUGAUGUAAUCAAUGAUGAUACAUUUGAGUACCACUUCAGGGACUCUAGUGGUCUGAACGUUGGUGGAUUUGACUGGAAUCUUCAGUUUAAUUGGCAUGGAAUUCCAGAAAGAGAGAAGAAACGUCGCAAGCAUCCAUGGGAUCCUGUCUGGUCUCCAACUAUGGCAGGAGGAUUGUUUGCCAUUGAUAGGAAGUUUUUUGAAAAACUGGGAACUUAUGACAGUGGGUUUGAUAUAUGGGGAGGAGAAAACUUAGAACUUUCUUUUAAGACAUGGAUGUGUCAUGGGACAUUAGAGAUAGUACCUUGUUCUCAUGUGGGCCACAUCUUUAGGAAGAGAAGCCCUUACAAGUGGAGAUCAGGGGUGAAUGUGUUAAAGCGAAACACAGUUCGAUUGGCAGAAGUGUGGCUAGAUGAUUAUGCUAAGUAUUACUACCAAAGGAUAGGCUAUGACUUGGGUGAUUUUGGUGACAUAAGUUCAAGAAAGGAGCUAAGAAAACAGCUGAAAUGUAAAAGUUUUGAUUGGUAUAUUAAAAAUGUUUACCCUGAACUUUUUGUACCUGGAGAUGCAGUGGCUUCUGGAGAGAUUCGUAACUUAGGUGAAGGAUCCAGCACGUGCCUUGAUAGUCCUGCUCGUAGAGACGACCUUCACAAACCUGUAGGUCUCUACCCAUGUCACAGGCAGGGUGGCAACCAGAAUCACAGUAUUCAGCAUGGCAGCAGUCGCAAAUGUCUAGAAAUGGCACCAGAUAAACAACACGUGCUCAUGAAGGAAUGUACAGAAAGCCCUCUUCAACAGUGGAAGUUCCAGAAUUAUAACCCGUCCAAUGCAGCAAAAGCAUAAAUCUAGUCCUAGAAAACUGAGGAGGUCAGAGGUCCUACAGCAAUGUUACAAUAAUGUAACACAUUCAUAUGAUAUAAGGAUUUUUCAUUCCAAUUGCAAAUCAAAAAGAUUUUGAUUCUGGCUAGUGUUCUAAAACUACUUACCUGGGGUGUUGAGGGAAAAUGCUAUGGCAAAAAGAAUUUCAUUGUCAAGCCAUCUGUGUUAGUCAAACAGCACCAGAAGUGCCCUUCUGAACUCUUGGUAAUUAUGUUUUGAAAGUUACAGGAUUAA